AUGGUAACCGUAAGGUGUGUCAUUAGUCUAUCUGUUCAAAACAAUUGGCCUCUAUACCAGCUUGACGUAAAUAAUGCUUUCCUUUAUGGAAACCUCAGGGAAGAAGUUUAUAUGUCUCUUCCCGAAGGGCUAAAUGUGGAAAAACAAAAUAAAGUCUGUAAAUUGAACAAGUCUCUAUAUGGCUUAAAACAAGCUCCACGUAUGUGGAACGAAAGACUUGUUCAAGUCUUGACUAAACUUGAUUUUGUUCAAUCAAAAUGUGAUCAUUCCUUGUUUAUUAAGUCUGGAAAAUCUGUUUUUAUUGCCCUUUUGGUUUAUGUGGAUGAUAUUUUGCUAACUGGUAAUUGUGAACAUGAGAUAAAUAGGAUUAAGAACCUCCUAAAAACUGAGUUCUUAAUCAAAGAUCUUGGCUUGCUAAAGUAUUUUCUUGGAAUAGAAGUAAUUAAAGUCACUGAUGGUGUUUGCCUCUCCCAAAGGAAAUAUUGUAUGGACCUGUUGAAUGAAUAUGGGAUGAGUGGCAGCAAGCCCACCAGCUGUCCCAUAGAACAAAACCAUGUCUUGACUAAAUUAACUAUGCAAGAGUCUAAAACCGUCGAUGUUACUCAAUACCAAAAACUGAUAGGUAAACUCAUUUACUUAUCCCACACUAGACCGGACAUUGCUUAUUCUGUUCAUUAUUUGUCUCAGUUCAUGCAUAAACCGACUGAGACACAUACACAGAUUGCUUUCAAAGUUUUGAGAUACUUAAAGGGUGCUCCUGGCACUGGUAUUUUGUUUAAAAAAGGAAGCACUUUUCAUCUAACUGCCUUUGCAGAUUCAGACUGGGCUAAAUGUAUUGAAACCCGCAGAUCUGUCACAGGCUUUUGCAUAUUUCUUGGGAACAACUUGGUUUCUUGGAAAAGUAAGAAACAAAGUGUUGUUUCAAGAUCAUCAGCCGAAGCUGAGUACCGUUCCAUGUGCAAUGCUACAUGUGAAGUGCUAUGGUUAAUAAAUAUCUUAAGGGAGUUGAAAGUUGAUGUUAGCAUUCCUGUUGUGCUGAAAUGUGACAAUACGGCAGCCUUAUCUAUUGCUGCCAACCCAGUUUUUCACGACAGGACGAAACACUUUGAAGUUGACCUAUUUUUCUUAAGAGAAAAAAUAGCUUCAGGAAUAGAAAUCCAAUGGAUAUUCGCAUCGCUCUUAUUUAGCGAUUUAACAAGCAAGGUACUUUGUGGAUGCCGGAAGAAGAUCAAGCUCAACGAAGAACCGAACACGAUAUAG